AAAUCUUGUACUGGGAAAAUACGAUUAUACAUGUAAUGAAGUCCGGCUUAUAUCUGUAUAUAAAGAGACCAAAUACUUGCUUCUUCCAUACAAACAAAAUGAAAGGUUCAAAAGACAACCACGUUCUGGUAUUAUUCUUAUUUUCUCUGGCUUUUGCAGAAUCAAGCAAUCAAAACUUUUUACAGAAUCUUCAAAGGAAUGUGGAUGAAUACAGAACAUCUCAUUUCUCUUGGAAUAUUCAAAACCUCGACCAUGCUAAUUACAAAUCACUGAGAGCGAUCGAAGACUAUACUGACAGGGCAUUCCGCGAAUUCUUGCUCAAUCGCAGCCCUGAAUUCAAACAUUUACUAGGCAGUGAGCGUGUCGCUACGGACAAGAACAUAACAAAUGGUAAAAAUGGAGAAACACCGCAUGAAAAGCUUCAGAUGAUAGAUAAAAAGAGAGAUGAACAACUACCACAAACGAUGGAGUAUGCGUACAGGGCAAACAUGACGCAGUUGAUGCCGUACGAAGAGCCCAUGGUAUACGCGAAAAAUGAUGUAGAAACCGCGAGACUUAUGAAGCGGGCAGUACCCCAAAGAAUGGCUAUGCUAAUAGCACGUGCACAUCGUAAUAAAAGGCCUCCAGAAAGGAGACGUCAGAAGAGGGAAGUAAAUAUCACGCUCCAAAGGAUGGCCAAUAAAAUGCAUCAGUGGUUUUCAAUAGCAGGUUCGAUGGCUGUUGGGUUCCCAAAGACAGACAAUUCUUACUUUAACAACUGGAAUCAGAAUAUCGUUCUAUUUGGAAAAAACAAAAAAGACAGAGAAGAAUUUGAAAACAAAUUCCAACGCUUACCCCUGCAGGAAAUGCUUGAACAGCUGUCUUUAACAGACAAUUUUCAACACAUAUUUUGGCCUUUUAAUUUUGACCAAGCAUUUAUGAAUCAAAGAUUAGCCUUACUUGGAAUGUCCGGAUUAUCCACAAUUGGACAUAAACAGAAAGAGAGAUUUUACGCGGAGCUCGAAAAACACCAAACCGUCAAAAUACCGGUAGAAGAAGGUCGAGUGAUUUUAAGUUUCAACCAUCCCGACUUAGUUGAAGGCCUUAAUCGAUCUGGGUUACUGGAAAUGAGUAAAGAAUAUGUAGAAGCUGGGCGACAUUUAUAUACAUUAGAAGAACAAGAACAUAUUACGUCAAAUGUCCAGGCAGCAAUGGAUUUGAUCAAUUCUACAAAUGCAGACCUGUAUCGCGCUAUCCACCAAGUUAUCGGAUGCAUAGCUUUCUACAAGGCGGAACACCGCGGAAUGUCUGGCGGAACCAUAAGUUCAGCUCUUGGAGUUAUCUGGGAAGACCCUAGUGCAUUCAGCGAGCAGACCGUGGACAACUAUGCUGCACAGAUAGUUCAUGAGUUCAUCCAUUCGUCCCUUUUCCUAGCCGAUAUGGUACACGGGACCUACAUUGACCGCAGUUUACUCCCCAAGGCUAAGGUCUACUCGCCUGUACGCAAGGAGCUGCGGGACUUUGACAAAACGUUUCAUGCGUCAUAUGUUACAACAGGCGUUACCAUUUUUCAAUCACGAAUCGGCGAUUUCGAGAAUGCUCAGAGGUACACGGGAACGUUACGUGCUGCUGUGGACGGUUUGAUUGCGAUGCAGAAAGGGGCUGGCGUAUUAAAUGCGUCUGGUGAAGCCAUGUUACAGGCCAUGGACGAUGUGUUGACUUUGAUCAGAAUGGAAUAGAUUAAACUCUUAUGCAUUUUUUUUAAAUAUAAUUUGUAAAAAACACUUGUCUAUGAAGUAUAUUAUAACAUUAGCCGAUGGAAAGCUUCAUGGAUAAAGUGCAUUUUCAGACUUAACUGAUGAUUGAUUGAAAUGAUAAAUCCUGAAUAGAUUAGCUAAAACAUAAUUAUUUGGAUAUUGUUUUGUAAUAUGUGAUUGUCAUUUAAAAUACUAAGUAAGACUGACUUAAGCUUAAAUGGCAAUUUUAGUGAAAUAUGUUAAGGAAUAUAAUUUUCUCGAACUUCAAAUGAGACUGUCGUAUAGCGUUCGUACAACUUGGUUAAAAGACAUUUGUUAACAUAAACUAGAUGCGCAUUUCGUGUAACCCGGAUAACAUCGAUUAGAAUAUGUGAAAAAUGUUUGUCGAUGUAUUCCGGAUUGCUUUUGGGUGAAUAGUUCUGAAUGGGAUUUUGCACAUACUAUCCUUAUACGUUAAUUCUGUACUUAAUGUUGUAUAAAUUGUCUUUUUGGGGAAAUUAUUGUAUUUAGUUAAAUAUAUCGUCCGGCUUAAAUGUGUCCAAAGUAUCAAUACUUGUGUUGUAUUAUAAAUUUUAAUAGAGCUAAGCGAUUAUUACGGAGGAAUUGUUUUUAUUCGAUUUAUUUGCAAAAUAUUUUUUUUUAAAUAUCUGUGGCUUUGUUGUGAUUUCUUUAAUGCUUUUUUCCACUAUGUGGAACAAUUUGACAUACAAACAUAUGACUAUUGAAAACUGUAUAAAAUUACUGAAUAAAACCCAUAUUAUAACAAAUCA